AUUCAAAAUAAAAAUACUAUCAUUUAAUUUAAUUUAAGUUAAUAUGAAGUAAAAAUUAUUAUUUUACUAAUUCGUUAAUUAAAUUUAUUGAAAUUUAUUUUUUAAUUUGAAACUUAAAAAAACAUAAUUAUUGAUUAUGUUGUAAAUAAGAAUGUAUUUUUAGAAUUAAAAAUUUAAAAGUAACCUAAAGAAAGUUCAUAAAUAACGGGAAAAUUUUAUUGGAUUAGAUAAAUAAAUAAAUAUAUUUUGAAAUAAUUAUUGCUAAUUAUGAAUGAAGAAUUUGAUGAUGAAGUUGUAAUAGAGGGCAGUGAUUUGCACAAAGCGUUAACAGAUGUAGGAUUUACUGAUUUUGAAUGUACUUAUGUAGAUAGAAAAGAUUUUUAUGAAACUGAAGAAUUAAUAGAUACUAUGAAAUCAUCGGAAAUAAAGAACUCAUGGUUUAAAAAUUUUUUCACGCGCCUGAAACCAAAUAUAUGGAACAGACAGCCACUAAAAAAUAGCCAUGGAGUAGAAGAGCUUGAAAUUAUUUUACAAUUACUGCCAUUAUUAGAUGAUCAUUCAUUAAAUAUACAAAAUAUUUUAAAAGAACGAUCUCCAUGUAGUAAAAAAUACUCAUUGUCGUCAUCAAUUAUUUUUUCCUCUGCAAUUGCAACAAGUACUCUAGUCUACAAACAAUUGAGAUUUCCUGUUAUCGUAACUUGUUCUGCAAUUUCCGGUGCUUUGUUAUACUAUCAGUAUUGUAAUAAAUCGAGAAUUAAUGAUCUGAAAAACUUGGUGUCAAUACAAAAUAAUAUUUAUUGGCACAACAAAAAAAUAUUUAGAAUAUUGAAAAAUGAUUUCAACAUUAAAUCGUCUCCAAAUAAAUCAAAAAAGAUAAAUGACCUUGAGGUGCCGAGAUUGAAAUAUCUCCAGCCAAUGUGUGAAAUUUUUAUAAAAUCAAUUAAAACAAUAGCCUACUCAUACUAUAAAAUAUCACUACUUAUUAUAGAAUUACUUUCAGAAUCAUUAGAUACCAGUAAUUUAUUAACUAAUUUUAAUAAUGAUGCUUUUAAAAUUAAUGGAGAAAUAACUUAUGAAUCUCUGAAGCAAUUUUAUUAUAUAUAUAUUUUAAUACAAUCAGAUAUGAUGCAUCUCAUAUCUUUACUUUACAAAAAUAAUUUAAAUAAUCAUAAAUAUUUAUCAAAUAAAAUAAUUAAAUUUCUAUUACAAUUACUAAAACCGUAUGAUGUAAAAUUAAACAAAAUUAUUGAAGAAUAUAAAGGCUGUGGUAACAAAAAAGUUCAUUAUAAAUUAAAAAAAAGGACUGGAACUAAAUGGCAAGAUUUGUACAUAAAUAUAGACUUAUUAUCCCGGAAAAUUCAGUCAGCCUACAGUAAUGUGUCAUCAAUAAUCGAUGACAUUGAUGAUUGCCCAGAUUUCGAGGAGAGCGAUGAAUUUUUAAAACAUUUAAUGGAAAAAAUGAAUGACGUUUAUAAAGAAAUAGAUACUGCGCGUAACUUUGCCGAGUUUAAUAGACUACUGAUAGGCAAAUUUUUAAAUUCCCAAGCUGCCAAACCACCUGAAGAUGAAGAGGCUCAGUAUCUAGUGCCAAGAAACAAAGAGCUGCCGGUUGUCUUUGAUGAAGAUCCGCAGAUUAUUGAUGAAGUUUUUGAAGAGUAUAUCAAAGAAGAAUAUUUGAAGCCUUUGUAUCAAGAUAAUGAUGUAGAUUCUCUUGAGCGAGCUAAGUUGGAUAAACUUCUUGCUAAAAAUUUUAUGAGUGAAUUGAAAGAAGUGUUGAUUGAUAGAUAUCAAAGUAUGUCUAAACGUGAAGCUCGAGCUCUUAUGAAGUAUAGGAAAAAUUUGAAAGAUAUUACAGAUGAUGCUGUAGCAGAUGAAGACGAAGAAGAAGAAAAAGAGAAAGAAGAAAAUUCUUUAGGUGGAAAUAAAGUUCAGCAGACAUUUAAUUAUUCAUCACCUCCACCAGCACCUCCAUUACCAGUUAUCAAUAAUAAUUUAGAAAUAAAAAGAUUGAAUCGCCCUCCAGUACCAUUACCACGAUCAAUAAAAUCAACUUCGGUAGAUAAUAAUGAAAAUAAUGACCAAAAAAUAUUAAAUAGUAAUUUAGAGUCAAUAGUUAAUGUAGCGAGUGAAAGAAUAUCAAUUAAUAUGAAUCGUGGGUUUAAAUUUCCUGAUUUUAUUUCUGCUGAAGAAACUUUCGUAGGUAGUGGGGAAAAUUCUGAUGAAGAAUUAGUUGAUGAUAAUGAUGAUGAAAAUGAUAAUCAAGUACUUAAUUAAUUAUUUAAAUGUAAAUUU